AUGUUCGAGUUCCUUCUGAUAUUAGUUGGGCUCAGCUGGAUUUUAGUAUUCCGGUACAGACGGCGGAACAUGUAUAGAAUGGCAGUGGCUAUCCCGGCUCCUGACGAGACAAUCCCGUUAAUUGGCGUGGCCCACAAAUUGAUGGGUAGCACAGAGGAAAUAAUGUCGUCACUUCAAAGAUACAGCUACGAUGCCAUCAAACACAAUGGCAUAGUAACUAUGUGGUUGUUUCACCUUCUUUACUUUGGGCGAAACAUACCGGUAUUUGGGCAUGUACAAAAUAUAGGUAUUGACGUUGCGGUCUUCAAACAGGCUGCAUGCGACGUGUUUUAUGAACGUCUGACAAAAGUAAUUCAGAGUAAAAGAGAAGAGUUUCACAUGGAGAAGAUUUCUAAAGAUCUAGAAGUGGAUACUCAUUAUGAUUUAGGGUCACACAAAAGUAAGACAUUCCUGGAUCUUCUGAUUACGUUUUCUGGAGACGAAAAAGGUUAUACUAAUGUCGAACUACGAGAAGAAAUGCUAACAUUGACAGUGGCGGGCACAGACACAUCAGCAGUCGGUAUUGGAUUCACACUGGAGCUUUUAGCUAAAUACCCUAAAAUACAGGAAAACAUUUUCCAAGAAUUGUACGGAAUUUUCGGCGGUUCGGAACGUGCCUUAGUUAAAGAAGAUUUAGAAAAGAUGAAAUAUUUGGAAAGAGUCGUGAAGGAAUCUCUCAGAUUAUUUCCUCCAGUUCCGUUUAUCAUAAGAAAAGUUUUAGAGGAUACGAGACUGCCAUCUGGUAACGUUUUGCCUGCCGGUUCAGGUAUAUUCGUUUCUAUCUGGGGAAUUCAUAGAGACCCAAAGUACUGGGGUCCAGAGGCGGAACACUUCGAUCCAGACAGGUUUCUACCGCAGCGUUUUAAUGUCGAGCACCCGUGCUGCUACAUGCCGUUCAGUAGCGGCCCCAGGAAUUGUUUGGGUUAUCAAUAUGCAAUGAUUUCGAUGAAGGCUUCUUUAUCUGCGAUAUUACGUAGAUACAAGGUAGUGGGUGAACCGGAGAAAGGUCCUGUUCCUCGAAUCAGGGUAAAAGUGGACAUCAUGAUGAAGUCAGUGGACGGAUGCCAGGUGGCUUUGGAGAGAAGGCCGACCAAAUUAUAAUAUAUUAAAGAGAAAAUUUGUUGCUGAUAUUUCCAAUAGAACAUACUUCAUGUCUGAAAUAUAUUACAUUCAUUAAAUCGGUUUGUGCGCCACUUAUUCGUCCUUAUAGUCAUUAUGUCAGACAUAUUCAAACACUCUCAGAAUUUUGAGUUUGACGUUCAACCUAGCCCAUACACAUAAACACUGCGUUUCUCGCCGGAUCUUCUCCUGUGGGUCGCGAUUUCAAUCCGGUGGUAGCGAAGCAAUGCUCUUGCUAGGGCUAAUAUUAAGUUCUCCUGGGUUGAGCUCCGUGAGCUCAGCUACCAACCCCUUAGGCUACCACCAAUCAAGUAGGAAAGAACUCUUAGAAAAUAAGCCUUUGUGAUUCAUAAAAAAGGCGCUCAUUAUAAGCCGAGUAUAUCACGUUGGAAUGCUGAUAUCACGAAGCAUUUGAAUUAUACAAGAACGAUAUAUGGAAGCAUCCAAUCUUAUAUAACUAAUCCUCCCACAUCGUGGCCUAAAGGAUAAGACGUCCGGUGCCCUCGUGUUGAGCGAUCCACCGGUGUUCGAAUC